AUGCGACAAGUUAGAACAGAGUUUGAAGUUCGAACCGGUGAGAAGAAAGUUUGUGAGGUGAAUUCGAAUGAUGUUGAAACCUUGACGUGGUGUCAUGGCUGCCGGCAACCUGAGUUGACAGUGACAAGUAAUCCAAACGUAGCUGGUAUAUGGUUGAGAGAGCAAAUCGAAUCUUGGAAACCUGUUGUAGACGCUGUUCAUGCCAAAGGUGGUAUAUUCUUUUGUCAGAUUGUUCAUGUUGGAAGGGUUUCAGAUCCAGAUUUUAAACCAAAUGGGCAAGCUCCAAUUUCAUCAACCAACAAACCAUUGUCAGGUAAUAGCAGGGAACCAAGGCCGUUAAGAAUAGAUGAAAUUCCUUAUAUUGUCAAUGACUUCAGAAUUGCUGCAAGAAAUGCUAUGGAAGCAGGGUUUGAUGGAGUUGAGAUUCAUGGAGCACAUGGUUUUCUAAUUGACCAGUUUUUGAAAGAUCAAGUUAACGACAGAACAGACAAAUAUGUUUUACCCGUGAUCAAAAUCCGUUAUGAAAACAAAGGGUAA